UUUACUGCUAACUUCAAUUUACUACUAUGCGCGGCUGAUUUGACUGUUCUUCCUGUGAAAUUCCACCAUUUAUAAUGAAUUUAGAACGAUUUCGAAACUUAGUCCGCUGUUAUAUUGAUAAGCAUCAAUAUGACAGUGCAGUUUUCUGGGCUGACAAGGUUGUCACAAUGUCAAAAGGUGAUGUCCAUGAUGUUUACAUGUUGGCUCAGAGUCUUUACCACACCAAACAAUACCACAGAGCGGCACAUCUCAUCAGGAACAGAAGAUUGGAUAAAACACACAAAGCUGGAAGAUAUUUGGCUGCAAAAUGCUUGGAAGCUGUACAGAAAUGGGAGGAGGCAUUGAAUGUCCUUGAAGGAUGUGAGGAGAGUGACAUCAUGAUCUUCCCACCGAGGAUCGAAGAGAUGAAACUAGACGACCAGAAAGAUGAACUGGACAGGAUCCCAUUACAAAAUGUUGAUAGCUCGAUGGCACUGUUGAGGGGUCAGAUCUACGAAGCUCUUGAGAAUCGUAUCCAGGCCUCAGAAUGCUACAAACAGGCACUGUUUGAAGACGUCCACUGCUACGAGGCAUUUGAAUUACUCGUCAAACACCAGAUGUUGACUGCAGAAGAAGAAAAAGAACUCCUUCAGUCAUUACCAAUCAGUGAACAGUGUCCGGGGGAAGAUUUGGAGUUUGUCAAAAGUCUGUACCAAAGUCUUCUAAAGAAAUAUGACAAGCCAGUAUCAACAAAGUUAGCAGACUCUUUGACAAGCCUCAAUACGAAUCUAGAUAUUCAGACCAACACGGCAGAGAGACACUACUAUAACUGUGAUUUUAGGACCAGUUAUAAAAUCACUUGCAGUGUACUUGAAUCAGAUCCAUUCCAUGAGAGAUGUUUACCAGUCCAUGUAGCAACGUUAGUAGAACUCAAGAAAUCUAACGACUUAUUUUACCUAGCCCAUAGAUUAGUAGAUCUUCAUCCUGAUAAAGCAGUAUCAUGGUUUGCUGUCGGUUGUUACUAUUAUCUCGUCGGGAAAAAUGAACCAGCAAGACGGUUUCUAAGCAAAGCUACAGCAAUAGACCGUCUGUACGGUCCAGCGUGGCUAGCCUUUGGCCAUUCCUUCGCAGCUGAAGGAGAGCAUGACCAAGCGAUGGCGGCCUACUUCACCGCCUCAAGACUCAUGAAAGGAUGUCAUCUACCACUUCUGUAUGUUGGAUUAGAGUACGGUCUUACCAAGAACUUCAAGCUAGCCGACAAGUUCUUCAUUCAGGCUUUAGGCAUAGCCAGCAGCGAUCCAUUCGUUCUUCAUGAAAUGGGUGUGGUGGCUUUCCAUAACGGAGACUGGGAGACUGCAGUCACGCAUUUCAACGAAGCCUUGGAUAUAGUACAGGACAUAAGCAAGCAGACGCUAGCAGAUAAGUGGGAGCCAUUACUGAACAAUCUAGGGCACGUCUUCAGAAAACUCAAGAGAUAUGAAGAGUCCCUGGAGUACCAUCGGCAAGCAUUGAUCCUUAGUCCUCAGAAUCCCUCUACAUUCUCCGCCAUCGGCUAUGUAUACGCCCUCAUGGGCCAGUUCUCAAUAGCCAUCGACUACUUCCACAAGGCUCUUGGUGUGGGUCGUGAUGAUACCUUCUCAGUGACCAUGUUAACUCACAGUAUAGAGCAGUACAUCGGUGAGAUGUCACCUUGUACAGGAGGAAGCGAAACCGUCCCUGACCUGGAAGCAGUCGUAAAGGAGGAGGUCGUUGCUACCACGGAGAAGUCAAACUCAAGUGUGGACAUGGAGGUGGAGAUGAAUCUGGAGGACUCGCCAAUGCCGCAGAAGAUUGCAAAAUAGGAUCUAUAAACCAAGGACAGUAUCUGUAAUGAUGCAAGAAAUGUAAAGACAAGAAUGUCCUUUAUUGGAUGUAAGGACAC